UCGGCAAAGACGCAAAUUGGAUUUUUUUUGUGAAAAUGGGCAGUAGGUCUUCAAAAACAUCGAAAACUGUCAUUCUUUUGUGUUGUGCAGUAGGAACUCUGCUGUCUGUAUAUGCUUUAUAUGUAGAAAUAAAUGCAGAGCACGAUAAAAAUUACCGCGCAAGCUGUGAUAUCAGUCCCUCGGUCAGUUGCUCGAAAGUGUUUAAAUCAAGAUGGGGCAAAGGAUUUGGGCUGAUUGGCCUUUUAAUUGGAGAUGAUCAUCCACUCAAUCUACCCAACAGUGUGUUUGGAAUUGUAUUUUACACACUGCAGAUAGCCUUAACUUUCUCCUCCUCACCAGUCCUUGCCUCUCUACAGUUUUACAUGAGUGCCUUAUCCAAUGUGGCAUCAGUGUAUCUGGGAUAUAUCUUGUAUUUUAUCCUAAAGGACUUAUGUGUUGUCUGUAUGUCAACUUAUAUAACAAAUGCAGUCAUUCUAGUAGCUAUUUAUAACAAAAAUAAGGCCAUGCAAGAGGCCAAAAAGACUAAAGAAAAGAGAAAACAGAAGUGAAAAAUGUGGUGGAUAACAAAUGCCAUGGAUCAUGCUUAAUCAUUGCUUGAUUUUGUCAGCAUAAUGUAUAAAUGAAUUGGUUGUGUGUCAUGUAUCAUUGAACAGUAGAUGUAUGUAGCAAAUCAAUUUUUAUUGAAGUUCCUAGUACAUGUAAGUAUGUCCACAAAAAAUUAGCAUUACAUAUGCAGAACUGUCAUGUUAGUAACAAGGACCAGAGGCUAUAAUUUUUUGAUUUCAGAGCUAGACAGAGGCAUAUGAUAAAUGAUAUGUUGUCAUGAUAAGAAUUGUAUUUUAAGAUCACUUGAUCCAGACUCAAAUGAGCUAUUCUUAUUAUAAGUUAGUCAAGUGUCCACCUCUCAAGCCUCUUGAGACAUUUUCAACUUCUCCUGAACCACUGAGUGUCAUCUAAAGCCACAAAGCAUUAUGGGUAAAAAGACUUUAAAUUUGUUCAAUCAAAGGGCCAAGUCCUUUAUCACAGGGGAGAUAAGAAAUAAUAUAUGACCACUUGAAAUCACCUCAAGAACCAAUGGGGCAAGAAAGUCAAAAGUUUGAGAAAAGCUUCCAUGUGUAGUGUAAAUUAAAUAUUUCAAACAAUUCCAGAGGAUAGGAUUAGGCCACAACAAUGGCCCUAAAUUUUACACAUGAAUAUGUAGUUUAAAAAAACUUUAAAUAUCUUGUAUAACUUAGCUAUGUUUUGUCCAAUUAAUAUUCAUCAAAUUAAUAUGGAAGCAUCUUUAAAUGUGCUUGUAAUAUGUAUGUAAGUGAUGAUUGCAGUUUUUUUUUUCAAAACAUGACCCCAGGGCUAGAAUGGACCUCAUUUGAGGUCAACAGUUUAGAUUUAAUAUAGAAAAUUAGUUAUACUCAUGCACAGUGUGUAUAUUUAUAGAUUUUUUUUUUUAAAAAAAGGUAAAUAAAAAGCCUACAAUUUGUCAAAGUAUUUUGCAAACAUUCUUAUGCACAGUAUAACUGAAAAGUGAAGGCAUGUUUCUUUGUAGUCAGGGUAAUCAUAUUUGAAUGCAAAGUUUUACACUAAAAUUUUCUUCAUAGGUAAAAUCAUAUUCUGAAUGAUAAAAAGGAUGCAGUUAUUCAGUUAAUUCUAUUACAUUUGCAGUUACAUGUUUAUACAUAUUAUUUCAUUUUGUGCAAAUCAAAACCCCCUACCCCACCAACAGGCAGUAGGUAGGGGACAGUAAAGAGAGGUAAGAUGCAUAUUCAAGUGACAGGUGGAUAUGAUAUAUGUUCUGAAUAUGUAUCCACCCCAAGUGUGGUCACAGUUCUAGUGGUACAUAAGCACACUGGGUAUGUAUGCACACAGGUGUAUUUUGUAUACAGCCUUUGAACAAUGAGAAGUUUCAUUUAUUUAUUGAUUAGAAAGAGAGGAAAAUGGGACUCAGGAGAGCAUAGUGGCCAAUGGGUCUCUUUUCACUUCUUCAUACUGUAAUCAUUCAAUCAUGGGUUUCUCUAAGGUUUAGUUACUAAAGACUAAAUGCUGUCAUCAAUUGAUUAGAAUGUAUUUUGGUUCUGCAUGAACCCUAAGCAUAAGCAUAAUAAAGUACAUAGACAUGGUGCUUGAGCUCAAAUUGAAAGGAUGUCCUCAAAACUUUUACAUUAGUUUUACAAAGAUUCUACUUAAUAUACUGUGUUAGUAUUUUGUAUCUGCCAGUAUUUUCUUUGGAACAUGUAGCUAAAUCUUUAAUAAUCUUUAUGAUGCAAUAGAAAUGUGAUUAUAUUUGAAAUACAUUUACAAAGUAUAAAUCAAAAGUAUUUCAUAUCUUUUGUCAUCUUAUUCUCUUGCAUUUAACAUGUUUUGUAAGGGAGUGUUUUUUCACUGUCCAUCUCAAAUUCCUGAUUAUUGAAGAGGAUUAUGAAGAAAUAUUAAAAUGAAGCAUAGAUCUA